AUGAGCUCUAUCGUUUUUGUGGUAUCCGCUUUGGAAGCUAUAGCAGCUUCCAAGGAGGCACAUAAAAGGCCGCCGCUGGGCGAAUCCGUCCAAAAGGCCCUGAAGGAGAUCAAGGAACAAGACCCUCAAUUACCAGACCCCGAAAUAAUCUUUGCGCCAUUACAAGCCGCUACGAAGGGCACAAGCAUCCCCCUAACCACGACUGCGCUCGAUUGCAUUGGAAAGCUGAUCAGCUAUUCCUACUUUUCUGUUCCCUCGUCCCCCAAUGCAGACAAAGAGGCCUCUCGAGAACCCCUGAUCGAACGCGCAAUCGAUACGAUAUGCGACUGCUUUCAAGGGGAGACUACGCCCGUGGAGAUACAGCUGCAGAUUGUCAAGUCGCUACUUGCGGCUGUUCUGAAUGACAAAAUUGUGGUCCAUGGCGCUGGCCUUCUAAAAGCUGUCCGCCAAGUCUACAAUGUCUUCCUCCUCUCGAAGAGUAGUGCAAAUCAGCAGGUGGCACAAGGGACGUUGACACAAAUGGUGGGAACUGUGUUUGAGCGUGUUAAAACAAGAAUACACAUGAAAGAGGCACGGCUGAAUUUAUCAAAACUUGAGAAGACCACCGGGAAUGCGAGUUCUUUAACGGUUGACGCAUCGGAGUCUAUAAAUGAUGCUGCAGGAAGUACCGAAGGUGGAGAAUCAGUCGAGGGGAGUUCGGCAGCCGACACCUCCGGCGACGAAGGACCAAAGCUCACAUUGAAGGAUCUCGAACACCGGAAAAGCUUUGACGACUCGCAGAUGGGUGAAGGGCCAACGAUGGUGUCACAGGUCAAGCCAGUGCGGUCAUCUCUGCAAUCACCCUCAACGCAGGCGUCGCUAGAGAGCAGUGCAGAUGACGGCUUAGAAUCAGAGGAUGCCGAGGACGAGGUCUAUAUACGAGAUGCAUAUCUAGUUUUCAGAUCAUUCUGCAACCUUAGCACCAAAGUCCUCGGCCCUGACCAACUGUACGACUUGAAAGGACAAGCCAUGCGGUCAAAACUUAUUUCUCUUCACCUCAUUCACACUUUACUCAAUAACAACCUGCUGGUCUUCACAUCACCAAUAUGUACCAUCACAAACAGCAAAAGCAACGAGUCCACGAACUUCCUGCAAGCUAUUAAAUUCUACCUGUGUCUCAGUCUUACGCGAAAUGGAGCAAGCUCUGUGGACCGAGUAUUUGAAGUUUGCUGCGAGAUAUUCUGGCUGAUGCUCAAAUUCAUGAGGGCUCCUCUCAAGAAAGAAAUCGAGGUCUUUCUGAACGAAAUAUACUUGGCCCUUCUGGAAAGACGGACUACCACUGUUGGUCAAAGGCUCUACUUUAUGGGCAUAUUGCAGCGUCUGUGCGCAGAUCCCCGCGCUCUCGUCGAAACGUAUCUCAAUUACGACUGUGACAGAAAUGUCAACAACAUAUUUCAAACUCUGAUUGAGGAUUUAUCCAAAGCUUCAAGCGCUGCUGUAAUGGUCAGCCCACUUCAUCAGCAGCAGUAUGAAGAGAAGGCCGCCAAGAGUAACAUUAAUGGCUCGGACUGGCAAGCUCGGGGAACGCUUCCCCCUCCACUAUCGACAGCGCAUAUAAGUGGUCAUAGCGAAAUGAAUGAAUCCGAGAUACCUAAGGAAUAUAUCAUCAAGAGACAAGCCUUAGAUUGCUUAGUGGAAACGUUACGGUCCAUGGUCAACUGGUCACAGCAAGGAAUUACUGAAGCAACAGGUGCUGAUCAAAACGUGAGAGCAUCGGAAGACGUCCGUGAAUCAUUAGACCCGUCUGGAAAUGAUAGCUUCACACGAACGGCUAACGGCGACACCCCAAUUCCUCCUUCAACCCCUGUUCUUGAAGAUGAUCCUGAACAACUUGAAAAGGAGAAGCAGCGGAAAACCGCCAUCACCAAUGCUAUCAAGCAGUUCAAUUUCAAGCCUAAGCGAGGUAUCAAACUUCUGCUAUCAGACGGGAUUAUCCCGAGCGAUAGUCCAGAGGAUAUCGCGCUUUUUCUGCUCAAGGAAGAGCGGCUAGACAAGGCCCAAAUUGGGGAGUACUUGGGGGAAGGCGACGACAAGAACAUUGCGACUAUGCACGCUUUUGUGGACUGUAUGGAUUUUGCAAAACGUCGUUUCGUAGACGCCCUGAGGCAGUUUCUGCAGUCUUUCCGCCUACCAGGAGAAGCACAGAAGAUUGAUAGAUUCAUGCUGAAAUUCGCCAAUCGUUACGUGACCGGGAAUCCAAAUGCUUUCGCCAAUGCCGACACCGCUUACGUCCUUGCUUAUUCGGUCAUCUUACUGAAUACCGAUUUGCAUAGCAGCAAAGUCGCAAAGCGAAUGACGAAAGAGGACUUCAUCAAAAACAAUAGGGGUAUCAAUGACAAUGCCAAUCUCCCUGAUGAAUACCUUAAUGGUAUAUAUGAUGAAAUUGCAAACGAUGAAAUUGUCCUUAGGAGUGAACGCGAAGCUGCAGCAGCUAUGGGGAUAACACCUCAAUCAGGUGGAGGUGGCAUUGCAAGUCUUGGGCAAGCCCUCGCUACGGUUGGUCGAGACCUACAGAGGGAGGCUUACACCAAACAUGCGGAGGAGAUAUCGCUCAGAUCUGAACAACUCUUCAAAAGCUUGUACCGGAAGGAGCGGAAAAACCCUACAAAAUCUGGCUCCAGCAAAUUCAUCCCGGCCACAUCCGUCAAACAUGUCGGGCCAAUGUUCGACGUGACAUGGAUGUCAUUCUUCUCGGGCCUUUCCGGACAAAUGCGAAAUGCUCAUAAUAUUGAAAUAAUCAAGCUGUGUAUGGAAGGCAUGAAGCUUGCCGUCCGUAUUGCAUGCCUUUUUGAUUUGGAUACUCCGAGAGAAGCGUUUAUUUCAGCUCUGAAGAACGCUACAAACCUCAAUAAUCCCACCGAGAUGAUGGCAAAAAACGUCGAGGCUCUCAAAAUCCUUUUAGAGAUCGCGCAAACAGAAGGAAAUGUGCUGAGAGAAUCAUGGCGAGACAUACUGAUGUGCGUCAGCCAGCUUGAUCGGCUACAACUGAUCUCCGAGGGCGUCGAUGAAGGGGCGAUACCUGAUGUUUCCAAGGCACGCAUUGUUCCCCCAACUCGGCAAGACACAGGAGCAUCCAGAAAGUCAAGUCAAUCACAGAGACCUCCCCGUCAACGACCUCGAUCCACCACAGGAGGCACAAGCUACUCGAUGGAGAUUGCAAUGGAAAGCCGGUCAGAUGAAGUUAUCAAAGCAGUUGACCGAAUAUUUACCAACACAGCAAAUCUUUCUGGUGUCGCUAUUGUUCAUUUUGUGAGAGCUUUGACAGAAGUCAGUUGGGAGGAAAUCAAGAUCUCGGGGUCAAACGAGUCUCCUCGGACGUAUAGCUUGCAGAAGCUCGUCGAGAUCAGUUACUACAACAUGACCAGAGUCAGGUUCGAAUGGACCAAUAUAUGGCUUGUUCUAGGCCAACACUUCAACCGAGUCGGAUGCCACAGCAACACUGCUGUGGUGUUCUUUGCCUUAGACUCUCUAAGACAAUUAUCAAUGCGCUUUAUGGAAAUCGAAGAACUGCCUGGUUUCAAGUUCCAGAAAGAUUUCCUGAAGCCAUUUGAGCACAUUAUAUCAAAUAGCAACGUUGUCGGUGUGAAGGACAUGACUCUACGAUGCCUUAUACAAAUGAUCCAAGCCCGCGGGGAGAAUAUCCGUUCUGGAUGGAGAACCAUGUUCGGUGUUUUCACAAUAGCCGCACGAGAACCAUACGAAAGCAUCGUCAAUCUUGCCUUCGAGAAUGUCAAUCAGGUGUACAAAACACGAUUUGGGGUUGUUAUAUCCCAAGGCGCGUUUGCAGACCUCAUCGUAUGCUUAACGGAAUUUUCGAAGAAUAUGAGGUUCCAGAAGAAAGGACUCCAGGCCAUGGAAACUCUCAAGUCAAUCAUUCCGAAGAUGCUCAAGACUCCUGAAUGCCCGCUGUCUCGCAAAUCCAAUGUGAACUCUGAUGGGUCAACCAAAACAUCGGACCCGCUAUCAAAACAGCCAAGUCGGACCACGCAGGAAGAAGCAUUCUGGUUUCCUGUGCUUUUUGCAUUCCAUGAUGUCCUCAUGACUGGCGAGGACCUGGAAGUUAGAUCCAAUGCUCUCAACUACUUGUUCGAGUCGCUUAUCAAAUAUGGCGGCGACUUCCCCUCCGACUUCUGGGACAUUCUUUGGCGGCAACUCCUCUACCCGAUAUUCAUGGUUCUCAAAUCCAAGUCUGAGAUGUCAAACGUUCUCAACCAUGAAGAGCUGUCGGUGUGGUUAUCGACUACUAUGAUCCAGGCGCUUCGAAAUAUGAUCACGCUCUUCACACAUUAUUUCGAGUCCUUAGAAUAUAUGCUUGAUAGAUUCUUGGAUCUAUUGACUCUCUGCAUAUGCCAAGAGAACGAUACUAUUGCUCGCAUUGGAAGCAAUUGUCUUCAGCAACUCAUUUUGCAGAACGUAACUAAGUUUCAGCCUAACCAUUGGUCGAAGAUUGUCGGUGCCUUUGUCGAGCUGUUCGACAGAACCACGGCUCAUCAGCUGUUCUCUGCCACAACCGGGCCUGCGAACGGAACUGAAGAAGGGGCUCUGCCUGCGGAGUCACCCGGUUCUGACGAGAAGUCACUCAAGAUUAACGGAACCAAUGGCACUACAACUUCAGAGGCUGAUAGCGUCAACGAUAAUGAAACAACCACGCCACCGGCGACGCAAAGCGAGUUAGAAGACUACAAGCCUCAGCCGGAACUUCAACAACAACCGGUAGUAGUCACCGUGGCCCGAAGACGUUUCUUCAACAAGAUUAUCACCCGUUGUGUGCUACAAUUGCUUAUGAUCGAGACGGUUAAUGAGCUCUUCUCCAACGACGCUGUCUAUGCUCAAAUACCAAGUCCAGAGCUGCUCCGGCUUAUGGGACUUCUCAAGAAGAGCUUCAUGUUCGCCAAGAAAUUCAACGAGAAUAAGGAACUCCGCAUGCGACUCUGGCGAGAAGGAUUUAUGAAACAACCUCCCAAUCUCCUCAAGCAGGAAAGCGGCAGUGCAGCGACAUAUGUUAGUAUCUUGCUCCGUAUGUAUCACGACGAAGGGGAAGAGCGCAAGCGGAAUCGUGAUGACACGGAAGCGGCUCUUGUGCCGUUGUGCGCGGAUAUCAUUCGUUCCUUUACGCAACUGGAAGAGGAUUCCCAGCAAAGGAAUAUCAUUGCGUGGAGACCAGUGGUAGUGGAUGUGAUGGAAGGAUACACUAAUUUUCCACGGGAAGGAUUCGAGAAGUAUAUCGAGGUGUUCUACCCACUUGGCGUAGACCUUCUAAAUAGGGAGAUGGGGGUGGAGGUCAGGAUCGCGUUGCAGUCGAUGCUCAGGCGUGUUGGAGAAGUGAAAUUAGGGUUGUCGGAGAUGAAGCCUCCAGGUUCGCCUACGAGUAUACACUCUAGCUAUCCAUUUGGAAGCAGAAGGUCCAGCCGGAAGGAUUGA